AUGGCAGGCCGAAGAAAAGGCCUUGAAUUAGCAAAGACUAAACUAGAUGAAUUGAUAAACAGCUUGGUGCUUCGGUGUUUUGAAGAAAGACAGCCUGGCCUUCGAAAAUACGUUGAAGAAGACAGAAAAGGAAAGCAAUGGAUGAAAACAGUAGAACACAACCAUAAAUGCGUGAUAAAAGUCGAAUUUUUCUCGGAAAUCGUGCAAGGCAUUUGUUGCUUUGUAACUUCUGAGGGCCGUUCCAUAUCCUGCAAGAUUGGAGACAUAGUCAACGAAAAGGUACAUUGCUUCAGUUUAUUUUCAGUUUGUUUCAACUAACGAGAGACUUUAAUGAUCGAUAUUGUGUGCAUUUGAGAAAAUGUGGAGGUUCGGUGUGCAUUCCCGUCGUUUUAAACUGGCGUUUGUCAGAUCCGUAAGUUUUAAUCCUAAAGGAAAUGGAGACAGAACCUGUCACAAUCUUUGAGUAGGAAACGUCAACUUGUCCAAGCAAUUUGUAAAACAGCAAAUUAAAUAGCCUGUGUUACAGCCGGCUCAUACAUCGCCUGGACCAUUAGUAUAGUCUGCGAAUUAGUGCACAAAAGCUCGGUUCUGAUAUCCAGCAGAGUCGCAAGGGUGAGCGUUUUUGAUAGGCGGGCUUCUUAGGCGUCUCUCGAUUGGGCCAAUUCUUACGUGUUUGUGACGUAGUUCCAACUUAAAAGCCUUCCUUCUGUACAUUAAAAUACUCUUAGAGAAUUCCUUAAAGGCUGGAGUGUAUUUUGCCGACUGGUUACGAUUGCUGCAGAUGCACUGCUCGAUAAGCCGUAAGGGAGGGGUGCUUUAGUGAGGAUUUGGGUGGAGAUGUGCUGUUGGCAACCCGGAACCCUUAGCCUAUACUAAGGCUAGCUCGACUGAAUUUUGCUACCCUGAACUAGACUGGACUUCCAAAACAUCUCCCUAUCUGGACUAGAGUCGCUUGUUUAUUUAAUUUCCAUAGAUCACUGAGGUCGACGCUUUCUUCGCUAUUUGAAAAACUGAGUUGCGGAUAAAGAGAUUUUCCGUUUUCUUUUUGUGUCAAUUCCCAGUUUCCAUAUUCUAGAAUAAAAUUUUCGACCAAUUAAUCAGUUUCCUGGAAUAUGAUUCCCUAUUCUAAAGGCAAACACUCUGAUUUCUAUACUCUAUCCCAGACUAAGUUGCUUAAAAACUAUACCCAUCACAGCGACUCUUAGCUGGCUGGUCGCUUACGAGAGUCGUCGCUAGGAGAGCUUCGACUGUAUCUGAGAGCCGGUAUUGUUCGAUAGUUCCCAAUCUAAUUUCUUUCUUCCCAUUUAAGCCUGCCUACCAUUACGGAGAGGUGAGAGACGAGGGGGACAAAAAAAAUGCAGAUAGAACCCAAAGAAAACACUCAGGCUAGGAGUGCCAAGUUGGUGCCACCGGCGUCGAAGUGAUAAUUACACUGGAUCUGAAAAUAGCCCCCCUAUAACAAGACGUAGGGGACUGUAUUUUGAAUUAACUAAGGCCUUUCAAACUCUAAGUAGACAUUUUUGUUCUCUUAUCUUUAGGUUCAUGCUGUGGUCUGUCCGCGAGGAGAAUGUACCAAAGCUGUAUUGUCC